CGUGAGCUGUAUUAAUGUUAUUAGUUCAAUAGCAGAGAUUUAUAAUACAGAAAUAGGUAAUUUCAAAUUUUCGCUUCCGGGACAUCCUGUAAACUCACCCAGUUUUUCAAAGCAAUUCAUAAAAAAUGUCAGCCUUAGCUUAAUCUUGGUUUGACUUAAUUUUUUUAUGCUAAAAAGAUUGUUCUUUCGAAUGAUACUAAGAUGACGUCAAUCAAGUGAUGGACGGAUUUAGCACACCAUGGUAAACCAGACUGCCAUUUUGUUCAGCCAACCGGUACAAAUACGGUUAGUACUGACUGGCAGCGGAAAACGUGAUGGAAAAUGGCAUUCGCUGUGUUGCGCUUGAUGGUUACGUUUAUCGGGACCUGGCGUGCCAGGACAUGGAGAGAUCAGCUUGCCCGAACAGAUACGAACCAAGCCAGUAUUGGACCAAUCCAGCGAGCCAUGUGGAUCAACGUGGAUGCGCCAGUAAACAAGAAGCAUUCCUUGAUGACUUUAUCGGGCACGACUUAAACUACUCAAUAUGGAAUAUCCGAGAAACGAGUGAAGUGGACAAAGUACAAGUAGACACGGUGGCGAAAAACGUUGGGGUAGCGUACGGUUAUUUGUAUAUGCGAGCAACAGCCGUCUACCGCGUCAGUCAUAUUAGCACCGGGGACAAACGCAGUUUUCUCUACGAGGAAGUGGAAAUACGCGCCAAAUUCCCGUCUUCCAGCACGUUACCUGUUCACGCCAUGAUGCGAUUGGUCCGUCGCGAGUGCCAGUUCGACUUUUCGGGGGCGUGCCAAUCCGGAGCCAUCACCAUAGUUGACUAUUACAGCAGGUCUCCUUUCACCGUCUUAGUUGCGACGGAUAAUGGAGAGUACGUCAAGGAAAACUACAUUAGCAAGGCCAAUUUAUCCGCGGAUUUUCAUGUAUACAAGAUGAACUGGAAGCCGAAUUUGAUUGUGAUUUGUGUGGUAUAUCGACAAUAAGGAGAUCCAUCGCAUCACUGAUGAUGUAUUCAUUCCCACACAGCCUAUGCAGUUGUACGUUGAAGUGACAGUCCUCCCGACGGUUACAAACGGGACCAAUGAAACGGCUGAAGUCCUGGUUGACUACAUAAUUGUACGCAGCAGCAAAGGAGGCUUAAUGGAAAGUGAUAACGGAGGUUCAACACUGGAUAUAUGGCCAAAUGCGAUGAUUGUUUCGGGUGUCAUCAUGCUGCUAAUACUGCUCAUAAUCGUAAGCAAAUACAUCUACGGGAAACCUACCAACCAUCCGUUUAAAACGCCCUUGCUAAAGCACGUUCCACUAAUACCGGCAUCGGCUAUAAAAAUUCUGCCGGAGCCUAUCGGCCGGGGGAGUUUUGGAAAAGUGUGGAAAGCCACGGCCAGCGAGAUUCCGGGGUGUGAAUGUCCUUGUAUUGUGGCCGUUAAAGAGAUUUUGAGCUACCGAGACCAAGCCAAUCCCGUGUAUAACCACCGGUCUUCAAGGAGGGUGCACUGCAGUCCUUCCAUGGUGGACGAGACGCGUCAGAACUGGAGGAAGUGCGGGUGCACAGUCAGAUCAAACAGCGGCAUUGAACAUCAUUAAUCUACUGGGAAUGAUGUCUUCCGACGGACGCGUAUGCGUAGUCCUCGAAUACGCUCCUCAUGGAUCCUUGCUGGACUACCUUCGCAAGCAUAAACCGAUGCGGCAGGAUCGUUGUUCGGAUCGAAAUUACUCGAACGAAUACGAUGGGUAUCUGGUUCCGAUUUGUCAGGAGGGAGAAGAGGCGUGGCCUUCGGGAUGGCCGUUACAUGAGGAUGAUCUGGUUAAUUUCACCUUUCAAAUCAGUCGUGGAAUGACGCAUUUGGCGCUGUACAAAAUUAUCCAUCGUGAUUUGGCCGCGCGCAAUGUCCUGGUCUGUGCGAAUAAAGUGGUGAAGAUCUGCGAUUUCGGAUUGGCUCGCCACUGCACUGAGAAAUCGGAAUAUAUACGUUUGGUAGAUACGGAUGCAACACCGAUGCCAGUACGAUGGAUGGCACCAGAGACGUUACAGGCGGACAGCCGAAGCCGUGUGUUUUCGGAGAAGUCUGACGUGUGGGCAUUUGGCGUGGUCAUGUGGGAAGUAUUUAGUUUUGGCAGUCAACCUUAUCACGACGUUAUCAGGAAAAUGUUCAGCGAGUCACUGGUCAAACUUAAAAAUUUGCUACACGAGGGAGGACGCCCUGCAAUUCCCAGUGGCUGCUCAGCGACAAUGCGGCUUCCCGAUAACCGCUCCCGGCUCGUUCCUCGUUUCCAGUGCGACUUCCGUCCGCAGGGAUGUAGAGGCACACUAACGCACUAGGCCCAACUCAACCACGAUCUGGUACCAAAUAAGCAGGGCGCUAUCAGUAUCCACUGGAAACCGAGAAACGGCUGCGAAAGGCGCCGAUGGGGGAAUCGAACCCCGGCUACGUCAUUAGAUCCGCGUAGGCAGUACCACUGCACCACGGCGCAAUACGUUGAAAUCAUUUGAAAGAUUUUGUCGCUGUACGUGAGCCGCUUCUCCGCUCACAGUACUGUACUUCAUUUAAAGCGCGGUCUACAGAAGCUCAUUUGAUAGCCUGUUAGACCCUGCUAUGUACCUAUUUAGGCUCUGCUUGCAUGAAUCACGGU